AUGUGUGUGCCGCCCGCGGACCUGUGUGCGUGCCGCCCGCGGACCUCUGUGUGCCGCCCGCGGACUUAUGUGCGUGCCGCCCGCGGACCAUGUGUGUGUCGCCCGCGGACCUCUGUGUGCCGCCCGCGGACCUGUGUGCGUGCCGCCCGCGGACCUCUGUGUGCCGCCCGCGGACCAUGUGUGCCGCCCGCGGACCUGUGUGCGUACCGCCCGCGGACCUCUGUGUGCCGCCCGCGGACCUAUGUGCGUGCCGCCCGCGGACCAUGUGUGUCGCAGGCGGACCUCUGUGUGCCGCCCGGACCAUGUGUGUCGCCCGCGGACCUGUGUGCUGCCCGCAGACCAUGUGUGUCGCCCGCGGACCUGUGUACCGCCCGGACCAUGUGUGUGUCGCCCGCAGACCUGUGUGUGCUGCCCGCGGACCAUGUGUGUCGCCCGCAGACCUGUGUGCCGCCCGCAGACCAUGUGUGCCGCCCGCAGACCAUGUGUGUGCCGCCCGCGGACCAUGUGUGCCGCCCGCAGACCAUGUGUGUGUCGCCCGCAGACCUGUGUGUGCCGCCCGCAGACCAUGUGUGUCGCCCGCAGACCUCUGUGUGCCGCCCGCAGACCAUGUGUGCCGCCCGCAGACCAUGUGUGUGCCGCCCGCAGACCAUACCUCUGUGCCGCCCGCAGACCAUGUGUGUCGCCCGCAGACCUCUGUGUGCCGCCCGCAGACCUUGUGUGUGUCGCCCGCAGACUUCUGUGUGCCGCCUGCAGACCAUGUGUCGCCCGCAGACCAUGUGUGUGUCGCCCGCGGACCUCUGUGUGCCGCCCGCAGACCAUGGGAAGGAAAUAAAGUCACUCCCGUCCCCCGCGGCCUUGACAUCUACUGGACAGGCAACGGGCCCUUCUGAACCAAAUCUGCCGUGUCUCAUUGGAACCUCCGAACCAGGGGGAGGAAAUAAUCUCACUCCCGUCCCCCGCCGCCUUGAGAUCUACUGGACAGGCAACGGCCCCUUCUGA